CGAAAAUAACCCAGCAGGAAGGCUGAUAAGAGAAAUUUGUAUGUCACCACCCGCUGCAUUAAAAUAAAUUAAAUAACGUACCUGUAAUAUUUAUAAAAUAAUAAAAACAGGAUACACAUUGUUUGGAUUUAACCAAAGAAAGCUGUAAAACAAAUAUAUUUCCCACAAGGAUACUGGAUAAUAAGAGAGCCUGGAGAUUCUACCUGCUGCAAUUAAGAUAAAAAGAUCUGUGGAUGCCUGCCCAGAAUCCAGAGAGCGUGGCAGAAAAUUCAGACCGUGUCAUCAAAUCUUCAACGUGUGCAAUGCCCUCUUUUCCUAAUGAUGGAGAAGAUCACGGGACACUCCCCCUGCAGUCUGAAUCCCCAUAUCAAAGCAGCAGCAAAAGAAAAGUGAGACAGAAAAAGAAGAAGAAGAAAGGGACUAUCUCUGCAAAUGUGGCUGGAACAAAAUAUGAAAUAGUUCGUGUAGUUAUAGAUGAGCUGGUGCUUAUGAAAACCCGAGAUGAAGAUGACACAGCUAAUCUCAUCUGGAACGACUCUGCGGUACAGCAUGAGAAAAUCGCUGAGCUCAGGAACUAUCAGAGAAUUAACCAUUUUCCGGGAAUGGGAGAAAUCUGCCGUAAAGACUGCCUAGCAAGAAACAUGGCCAAAAUGAUAAAGAGCCAGUCACAAGAAUAUGGCUUCAUUCCCAAAACAUGGAUCUUUCCUGCCGAGUACACCCAGUUCCAGAACUACGUGAAGGAACUGCGAAAGAAACGCAAGCAGAAGACAUUUAUUGUGAAGCCAGCCAACGGAGCAAUGGGUCAUGGGAUCUCAUUAAUAAGAAACUGUGAGAAGCUUCCAGUUCAGGACCAUUUCAUUGUCCAGGAAUAUCUCGAUAAGCCGUUUCUUAUGGAGGGAUACAAGUUCGACUUGAGGAUUUACAUACUGGUCACGUCAUGUGACCCAUUACGCAUCUUCUUAUACAAUGAUGGGCUUGUGAGAAUGGGUACUGAGAAGUACCAUCCACCGAGCGAUACCAACUUGAGCCAGCUGUACAUGCAUCUGACUAACUACUCUGUGAAUAAACACAAUGAGAACUUUGAGAGAGACGAAACAGCAGACAAAGGCAGCAAGCGCUCCAUCAGCUGGUUCACACAAUUUCUACGAACCAACGAUUAUGAUGUGUCCAAAUUCUGGGGGGAUGUCUCUGAGCUAGUGGUGAAGACGCUGAUUGUAGCAGAGCCUCAUGUUCUUCAUGCAUAUCGUAUGUGUCGACCUGGACAGCCUCCUGGAAGCGACAGUGUCUGUUUUGAGAUCCUAGGUUUUGACAUAAUAUUAGACCGAAAACUGAAACCUUGGCUGCUUGAGAUUAAUCGUGCUCCAAGUUUUGGUACGGACCAGAAGAUCGAUUACGAUGUGAAGAAGGGAGUUCUCCUCAAUGCCCUGAGGCUGCUAAACAUCAGAGCCAGUGAUAAAAAGAGAAAUAUAGCCCAGCAGAAAGCUGAAGCACAGAAGAGGCUUUAUGGACGGGGCUCCGUGAAGAGGCUGUCACUGUGUUCCUCAGAGUGGGAGAAACAGCGCCACACACUGGAGCGAAGAAGAGAGGAACUGAAAGAAAGACUGGCCCAAGUACGCAAGCAGUUAUCAAGAGAGGAGUAUGAAAACAGGCAUCUAGGGAAUUAUAGACGCAUCUACCCUCCAGAUGACAAGCAGCUCCUGGAAAAGUAUGAAAGCCUCCUUUCUACUGCUUUUCAGACCUUCCUCGCUGGGAGAGCGGCUUCACUUCAAAAGGAAAUGAAUAACCCACUGAAACGAAUGAAGGAAGAAGAUAUUUUAGACCUUCUGGAACAGUGCGAGCUUGAUGAUGAAAAACUCAUGGGAAAGUCAGCCAGGCAAAGAGGGCCUAAGCCAUUGUCUUUAAUGCCUGAAAGCACCCAGACGCCAAAAAAACAAAGAGACGACAGCAGCAACACCAGCUGCAACAGCGGCAGCACCUCAGCAUCAGAAGAGGAAGAUGAAAAGGAAGAUCUCUUGGAGACGAAGGAGAAGAAGGUUUCAUACAACCUGGAAGAAAACAAGUACCAGUCCCUUGAGCGUUCAAGCAGGAUAAAUUCUAAAUCUCCAAUCAAGUCAACCAAAGCUGGCCCCUCAGCAUCUUCAUCACUAUCUGCCCCAAUCAGACGCUCUAUAUCAUGUCCUCGAUCUAUAUCCUCUGUAACUGCACAGUCACCAACUAAUGAGCAGAGGGCUGUGUCGUCAAAACCGUCUGCUCCUGUACUUCGAACCAACUCUGUCACCCGCUCCCACUCUCUGAAUCGCAGCGGCUCAGUCAACCGAGUGCCCCACAGCACCAGCCUGGGCACCAUUCACUCUGCAGUGGCAAAAUCUUUGCUCAACCUCAGAACAAAAGAACAGGAGGCAGCAAUGACAAGGCAGACUCUGGCUGCUCUGAAUGAAAUGAGAAUUCAGUUCCCAGGAAAAACAGAGGAGGAGGCAGAGCUGAUGCUGGAUGAUAUACUGGAUAACUGGAAAUAUCAUAAACCAAAAGUGGCCUCCUACUGGCUUGUGAAGUUAGAUUCUGCAAAACAAAGGAAGGCUUUGGACAUAGUUAGAACAAAUCUCCGCUCUGCUGUGCAGAGGAUCUGGAAGGAGCCUGACGUUGACAGUUUACAUAUAUACCGGCUUUUUAGUCGUGUUUUCAAUCGUCUUCUCUGGAGCCAUGGACAAGGGCUUUGGAACUGCUUCUCCAAUUCGGGGCCCUCGUGGGAAAUCAUUUUCAACAAAAGCACAGAGGUGGUCACCCCUCAGGAACUUCAGUGCUGCCAGCGGCUAGUACAGCUUUGCAGAGACUGCCUUUUAGUGGUUUAUAAGUUUGUAGCAGAUUCCAGGGGCUCGUUAACCAGGCUCGGUCCAGAAUGGGAUGACACAAGGUAUCUAUUGCCAGUCACAUCCCAGUUCAUCAUGAAGUCACCGUCUUCAAGCUUCAACCACACCCCUUCAGGAAUGCCUCGAUCCCGCAGCCUGUUCUCCACCAGGCUGGGCCAGUUCUAAUCAAAUGGAAAGGUUGCCAUGCUUUAUAAAUAAUCCCAAUCCAUUUGAAAAGAAAUAUUUGAAGCCAAGUCGAAAUAUAUCUGCUGUAUCAUAUUUGCUCGCUGUACAGUAAGAGUCAUAGUACUGUAAUGAAAAAAACCCAGAAAUUACUAAUUUAUUUUAAGAUGUAAAAAAUAUUCUGUUCCACCAGUGAACACAAGAAUGCUUCAGUGAAAUUUAGACAGAAUGAGAUAUCAAGUAAUUGCUUGCUAAAAUGCUUAUUUUUGCUACUUGUGGCAAAUGCAAAAAAGAAAAAAGAAGUAUUCAUAGCUUUUUUUUGUUUGUUACUUCAUACAUUUUAGGGUUGGAUUGAAAGAUUUGAGAUUGGGCAUGGGAGAUUACUGAACAGAGUUCCAUUCCAACCUCUCAAGUGUUGUCCCUGUAUGUACAGUAGAAACCCAAACAGGAUGUGCCUUUCAAAAAGGGUUCUUUCAAUGUGAAUAAAUAAAUGCACUCAGAGAUAAAUAUUCUAUGUACAUUUACUUUCAAUAGGAGUGAAAAACAAAAAAAAGCCAUAAUUGCAUCAAUGCUUGCAGUAUAAACAGUGGGCUAUACAGUACUUUGUACACCAAGGUCCUCUGUUUAUUUAUUGUAUUUGCCAUAUACAGUGAUGACAUCCUACACCAUCAUGUCUGCAUUAUGUUACAUUGGAAACAAAGCCAACAGAAAACAAAGCACUGUCAUAUUGUUUUGUUACAAUAGAAGUUAAUUGCAAACUGGUCGAAGGUUAAGAGUGUGGAACAUUUAAGAAAACAUACAAAUAAUUCUUAAGAAAUAUAUAUAUCGGGGCUCCCGAGUGGCGCAUCCAGUAAAAGCACUUGCGUAGAGUGCAGGAUGUGCCCUAUAGUCUGGACGUCGCGAGUUCGAGUCCAGGCUAUUCCUUUGCCGACCGAGGACAGGAGCUCCCAGGGGGCGGCGCUCAAUUGGCCGAGCAUCGCCUGGGGGGAGGGAGGGUUAGGUCGGCCUGGGUGUCCUCGGCUCACCGCGCACCAGCGACCCCUGUAGUCUGGCCGGGCGCCUGCGGGCUUGCCUGUAAGCUGCCCGAGAGCUGCGUUGUCCUCCGACGCUGUAGCUCUUGGGUGGCUGCAUGGUGAGUCCGCAGUGUGAAAAAAAGCGGUCGGCUGACGGCACACGCUUCGGAGGACAGCGUGUGUUCGUCUUCGCCCUCCCGAGUCAGCGCAGGGGUGGUAGCGGUGAGCUGAGCAUAAUAAAAUAAUUGGCCAUUCCAAAUUGGGAGAAAAUAAUAAAAAUAAUUGGCAACGACUAAAUUUAUAAAAAAAAAAUAUAUAGAAAUAUAUAACAAUAAGAAAUAUAUAACACAGUCUUUGAAGAGUUUCUUUAUUGCAACAAGCUGCAUAAUUUCCUGGAUGUUUAUUACACGCUACACAGAUCUUUUCAUGUACAGCAAAACUGUCAGUCGGACAGAAUUGCCUUCGGGAUAAGUGCUUGAUUAAGUAAAAACUUUUUUUUUUCACUUUUUUCACAUUUAAGUAACUUGAAAGUUUUUUUUGUUUUUUUUUAAUACAUGUAUUUGUCAAUUUAAGGUUAUAUGUUUUUUUUUUGUUUACAAUUCCAAUUUAGAGAGUGAAAGUAAAAUAUUAAACAGAAAUGUAUUUUGUACCACAAAAACAUGUCCUGUUUUAUCUGAAGUGCUUUGUUUUCUACACAGAGGAGGCUCUGUUGUAGGCUUUUCGAGCAUGUUAUGAAUUAAAGUGAGUGAGUCAAAAAACAGAACAGUCAAAAACAGUUCUUCAUUAACAUUAUAGGGUUACUGAACAACUGUGCUGUAUCCUGGCAAUAUAUUUGUCAACAUAAUCCUGAUUGUUUUGAUAUUUUUAUUCACAUCAUGCAUUUUGAAGCAUAUGGGGGAAUACAACCGAAAACAUUUCUCAGGAUAACGAGGAUGUGUCUUGUGAACAUCAUGGUGUAUCCAGAUCAAUGAUCCCUCCUGCAACUCAUUUUCAGUUACCACAAUAGCCAUUCAUUUCUAUCAGAGCAUAAAUUACAGGAGGGAGCAUGAUCUGGAUACACUGUGAUGCCAGUAAGAAAAAUCCUUUUUCUCCUGGUAAAAGUGACAUGUUCCCAGCUUUAUUCCCCAGCUGAUCUGUCACCCAUGGUCUAUGAAAAACAACUGAGAUAAUCUGAAAAAUAUAAAGCUGCAAUAAGGAUAAUACUAGAAAAGGUAAAGUAACAUGGUUCAUAUAAACACUGCAGAGUGUUCUAUAACCGUAUUUAGAGUAUGUAAUUCUUAUUGCAAAAUGCUACAAUGAUUGUUGGUAUUAUUAUUAUUAUUAUUAUUAUUAUUAUUAUUAUUAUUAUUAUUAUUAUUAUAUAAAAAGAAUAUGGGUGGCUUUGUUUUAUAUUUAAUAUAAGUUGGAUUUUUGUUAGAAUAUUUUACAAAGGUUAUAGGUGGUUAAAACACCUGACUACAAACAUUAAGCAGUUUUUAAAACAGAAGUUAUUCAGAUAAAUGGGUCUAUUGUAAUGUUCUAAACCAGAGCACCUCAAAGGUUUUUAGGCCAUGGGCACACAUUUGCAUUUCUCAUAAGGUACAGGGCUCGAUCAUUGUUUCUCUCUUGAUAAUUCACUAACUUUCUUUUCCAAAAUGUCAAUUAAAAUAUGAUUCAAUUAUAGAUUUAUCAUAUGGCACAAAGGCAGAUUGAUUGAUCUGAUGACUUGAAUUCUACAUCAGUAUUGCAGAGUAUUACAAAUUACAGUUCAGACACAUUUGUGCCCACGGGCAUAGUUUAGAGGACCACUGUCCUAAACUGUACUAAAUACUGACCUCCUUAAACUCCCAGCUGUCUUUGCCAUUAACUUCCAUUGCAUUGCUGUUGUAUUUAUUGAUGUUAGUAAGGAGUCAUAGGGCAGCAGCAUUUAAUUUAUGUUUUAAAUAAAAUAACAAACAGCUUUGUGCAACAUAUAAUAAUGUAUUUAUUUUUAUAUAGCGUCUUUCAUAGUGGACCACUAUCACAAAGCGCUUUACAGAGGUAGACUGUGAACUGUGCAUUAUAUGCAGAGUCACUUACAAUAGGACAUUGAUUUAACAUCUCAUCCACAGGAAGGAGCACAAGGAGGUUAAGUGACUUGCUCAGGGUCACACAGUGGGUCAGUCAGUGGCAGAGGUGGGGUUUGAACCAGUGAGUUUCUGGUUACAAGCCCUUGACUUUAACCACUGGACCGCACUGCCUCCUCGUAUCUUUACCACACUGCCUCCUCAUAUUUUGUUACGAAGAUGCCAAAUAUAUAUGAUUGUGCUUGCAUAUAUAUUUUAGAACACUAUCUUACCCAUUCUGAAGAGUUUUCAGUUUACAUUUGAAUAAAUGCUUA